ACCAGAGCUAUAGUCCAUGGACAAGGAGAUAUUUGUCGUUCAGUAAUAAGUAAACAGUUAAUCCCUAUAUUUUCUCUAUUAUUAAUCAAUUAAAAAACUUUAAUUCAACUUCAGGUAACAGCUAGCAUUCUUUGGCUAACUUGUUGAAAGAGACAGACCAACUCUGCUGCUGUCUUAGAGCUUUGUGAAGAGUGAUAUUUUUUUUUUACGGUCACCGCACACUGGUGCUCUGCUAUAAUAUAGAUGCAGUUGUGGAUUCAGAUGAGCUGUCAGCUGACUGACAACAGAGCAACAGCAACCAUCUGCUUCUGACUAGCUUUUUAAAACAACAUUUGGGACGCAAGGUGUAAGAAAUUACUGCAGCAUUUUUGCCAUCUGCACCGGUUUCACACGUCACUACUGUUGGUCUGUGUACACACUCAAAGGUCAGUCUGUGUACUGACACAGGAGUUACGUCCUGAAAAUGUUCAGCACCCAAUUCUCUGAAGGUGCCUUUGGUGGCGUCUACCUGUGAACUUGGUACUUUGGACUGAAUCCCUCUCUGAAGCCCACUCGGAGGUCCAGAAGAACCUUUGAAGGCCCCAGGUUUGAAGUUGGCGACAGGCAGGAGUGGAGAGAUGAAGACGUUUGCCAUGUUCCUGGCAGCUUUGCUGAUCCCCGCCAUCCUAGCAGCGUGUCCAGAUAAGGAGCCUGGUCUGCAGCCAUGGAUGCCAGGACACAGUGAAGACCAUCGUGUGACGAUUGGCUACGGCAGAAAGGUUCUUCUAACAACCUCAGCUACGGUCCACUCCAUCGAGAUCCUUAAUGGGGGAAAGUUGGUGAUUGCUGACACCAGCCGGCCGAUACUCCUCCGAACCAAACACAUCCUGAUAGGCAACAAGGGGGCGCUCCACAUUGGCAGUCCAGAAUGCCCUUACCAAGGCAACCUGACCAUCUCCCUGUUUGGAAGGUCAGAUGACAGUGAUGAAGAGCACAGCUACUUUGGGAGGAAGUACAUUGGUGUAGGAACAGGGGGCACCCUGGAAAUCCAUGGUAAAAAAAAGCUGUCGUGGACCCUCCUCAACAAGACCCUCCAUCCUGGAGAGAGCAACCAGAACAACUACCUGUUUCAACGAAGCUGGGGGAACCGAGGCAUCAUCGUCCACGUCAUCGACCCCAGGACAGGGGAGGUCCUGCAGGAUGACAGGUUUGACACCUACCGCAGUAAGGAUGAAAGUCGUCGUCUGGCCAAGUAUGUGGACAGUGUGGACACGGGACUCAUCCUGGCUGUGAUGGUCAACGAUGAGGGCUCCAACAACCUGGAAGACUCGGCCAAGAAGGUUCUGUCUCAGCUGGGCAGUCAGCAGAUCGGCAGCCUGGGAUUUCGGCAUCCGUGGACUUUUAUUGCAACGAAAGGCGAUACAUCUUCCGUUGUAGAGGAUCAUGCCGUCUAUCAAGGGACCAAGGCUUCCUCAGAGGCCAGGAGCUCACGUGUUUUCCGCUCCAGCUUUGGAGAUCAUUUUACCAUCACGGCCAGCAGCCAGUGGGUGCAAGAAGCAGAGUGGACAGAAUGGUUUGACAGGGACGAUGAGAGGGGAUCUGGAGACUGGGAGAAACUCUCUGAUCUGCACAAGGCCUACCCCGACCGCCUGUGUGGCAGCCCACUGGACAUCCAGGCUGAAACCCAAGAUGGUAUUCCGUCCAACCUGACAGGAGAUGUGAUCCACAAGAUUGACAAGGACUAUGGCUUUGUCUGCCUCAACAAGGACCAGGACCACGGCCUCUGCCGCAACUACAGAGUCCGCUUCCUUUGCGGGAAACUGGUUCGUCCCCAGGCCUCCCUGUCCAUCGACAUCUUGUCCAACAGCAGCAUCCUGGAGCUCGGUGACCAACCAGAGGGCUGGACUCCAGGGGAUCGAGUGGUGGUGGCUAGUACCGAUUACUCCAUGCACCAGGCGGAAGAGUUUACCCUCAUACCCUGCCCUAAAUGCUCACCCAAUCAGAUCAAAGUCCAAGGUAAAGCCCGGUUUAUUCACAUGGGUGAAGAGGUUGAUGGCGUGGACAUGAGGGCAGAGGUCGCCCUGCUCAGUCGAAACAUCCUGGUCCACGGUGUGAUGGAGCCCACCUGCUACGGCAACGAGGCCUGCAAAUUCUUCGACUUUGACACGUUCGGUGGACAUUUAAAGGUGGAGCGAGGCUACAGGGCUGUCCACGUGUCUGGGAUGGAGCUGCUGCACAUGGGCCAGCAGACCAUGGGCCACUACCCUGUCCACUUUCAUAUGAAUGGGGAUGUGGAUGAGAAGGGAGGCUACGACCCCCCCACCUUUGUCAGUGAUUUGUCCAUUCACCACUCCUUCUCUCGCUGUGUAACCAUCCAUGGCUCCAAUGGACUCCUGGUCAAGGAUGUUGUGGGCUACGACAUGUUGGGCCACUGUUUCUUCACAGAGGAUGGUCCAGAGGAGAGGAACACCUUCGACCACUGCCUUGGUCUGAUGGUUCGAGCAGGCACCCUGCUGCCCUCAGACAGGGACAGCAAAAUGUGUCGGGACAUCACCGAUGGAGCCUAUCCUGGAUAUGUGGCCAACCCACGGCAGGACUGCAGCGCAACUUCAACUUUCUGGAUCGCCAACCCCAAUAACAACCUCAUCAACUGCUCUGCCGCCGGCUCUGAGGAAACAGGCUUCUGGUUCAUUUUCCACCACGUGCCCACAGGUCCUUCUGAAGGACUCUACUCUCCUGGACACACUGAACACAUACCUAUGGGAAAGUUCCUCAACAACAGAGCACAUUCAAACUACAGGGCUGGAAUGAUCCUUGACAACGGAGUGAAGACAACCAAGGCUAAUGACAAGGACAAGCGUCCCUACCUGUCCCUGAUUGGAGCCAGGUAUGGACCGCACCAAGAUGCCGACCCCUUCAAACCCAGGGUCCCUGCUCUCAUCCACCACUUUGUGGCCUACAAGAACCAGGACCAUGGAGCUUGGCUGAGAGGAGGAGACGUGUGGCUGGACGACUGCCAAUUCGCUGAUAAUGGCAUUGGCCUCACUCUGGCGAGUGGAGGGACGUUUCCCGACGAUGACGGCUCUCGUCAGCAGGUGAAGAAUUCACUGUUUGUGGGUGAAAGUGACAAUCGUGGAAUGGCCCUGAUGGACAACCAGAUCUGGGGCCCCGGCGGCCCUGACCAUGCUGACAGGACUCUGCCACGUGGGCUAGAUUUCCCCACGCGGGGCAUGCAGAUCUACGACGGGCCUAUUAUUGUGCAGAACUGCACAUUUAGGAAAUUCACAGCUCUGGAAGGACGUCACAGCAGCGCCUUUGGUUUCAGGCUCAACAACUCAUGGCAGAGUUGCCCCAACAACAACGUCUCUGACAUCACCUUUGACCAUGUCCCUAUCACGUCACGGGUGUUUUUUGGUGAACCUGGUCCCUGGUUCAAUAAGAUGGACAUGGAUGGAGACAAGACCACCAUCUUCCAUGAUGUUGAUGGCUCGGUCAGCGAGUAUCCCGGAGCCUUCCUGGUUAAGGAGGACAACUGGCUGGUCCGUCACCCCGACUGCAUCGAUGUCCCCGACUGGAAGGCUGCAAUCUGCAGUGGUCACUACGCUCAGAUCUACAUCCAGAUACGUAACCCUGCCAACGUCAACAUGGACAUCGUGAGGGACGAAUACCCCGAUCGCCCCCUGAUGCUGGAGGGCGCUCUGGGCAAGAGGAAACACUACCAGCAGUUCCAGCCAGUGAUCACACUCUCCAAGGGCUACACCAUACAUUGGGACCAGGCGACCCCUGCUGAGGUCACCAUCUGGUUGAUCAACUUCAACAAAAAUGACUGGAUCAGAGUUGGUAUCUGCUACCCUAAAAACACGACAUUCACAAUCAUCUCCGACAUCCACAACCGUCUCACCAAACAGACCCGGAAGACCGGGGUCUUCAUGAGGACGACGCAGAGGGAGAAGGUCAACCAUGUCCAUCAAACCAGAGGAUACUACUACUGGGAGGAGGACACAGGCCUGCUGUUCCUGAAGGUAACAGCCCACAACGACAGGGAGCAGUUUGCUUUCUGCUCCGCCAAGGGCUGUGAGAGGGUGAAGAUCACAGCUGUCGUCCCCAAAGGCAGUCCGCCCAGCAACUGCAUGGACCAGGCCUAUCCUCGACACGCUGAGCUGCCUGUGGUGGACGUACCCAUGCCCAGAAAGAUACCCAACGCCAGGAUGAACUCCAUGGAACACUUCUUAGAGGUGAAGCUGGAGUCUUACAACGCUCGCUUCUUCCACAUCAAGGAAGACUUCGCCUUCACUGAGGUGAACAGUAAAAAACAAUACCAGGCAGAGGACGGCAUUCAGCUGACCGUCAUCGACGGACACGACGGGAAACUGCUGGAAACUAAAGGUUUCAGAAACUCCAUUCUUCAAGGCAUCCCUACGCAGUUAGACAACUACGUCAGUGGACUGCCAGAUAGCUCCAUUGUUCUGAUGACAUCAAAGGGCCGUCUUUUCCCCAGAGGAUCUUGGACCAAAGUCCUGGAGAAGCUGGGAGCAGACAAAAGCAUCAAAUUGAAAGAUAAAUUGGCAUUUGUGGGAUUCAAAGGUCCCUUCCACCCUGACUGGGUACAUCUGGAGGUGGACGCUGACCGAGCCAAAAUCCACCAGGUCCUGCCUGUUCCUGUGGUGCACAAGAUGAAACUAUGAGUGACACAUGGACAGGUGGACGGAAGCCAAGAGACUAUGUAACUCCUACGAACUGACACACCCCCACACCCCCGAGACAUUGGCACAAACUUACUGUUCAUGCACACACACACACACACACCCGCACACACUCAUGCACACACUGCCAGUACAGAAGAAUCAGCUGCUCCAAACCGUGGGCCUGGGAUAAUGUAGGGACUUUUCUUUAGGUUUGGAGCUCAGAAAAGAAAACUUAUCCGUGACCUUGUGUUUAAAAAGGGAAAAACAAAACUUUUUUUUUCAGAGCCAGCACUGCCCACGAACUAAAUCUGUCUGAGACACCCAUCGUCACCACAGUGAUCUUAGGUGACGCUGCCCCCUGCAGCUGUGGCUCAAAACAACCAGCAAACCUUUGCAGAAGAUUGCUCGUCUUUUCACAUCUGUCAGAGACAUGACAGACGUUGGCUUCUGAUUGGACAACCUCACUGACGUUGUUGUGACUUUUACACUGUGUUCGCUCGAAAUCUGAGACGUCGUACGAUUUGCUCAGCUAACAAUGCUAGCUGUGUCGUGAAAGCAUUCUGGGUGAACCAGCCAAUAGGAAAAGCUUCUUGUUUUCACAUUCGCACUAACAUCACACUCACCGAUAGAUUAUUCUUAUUUAAAAUGGUCUGGUAAGAAGGAAAUACAUUCAAUGCAGUAUUUGCUGUACUACAUUCUACUUUACAAAAAGUGCUAAUGCAUAAACUUUGUGGUGAAAUCUGUGCAUUUAAGAAAUGGGGUGUGUUCAUAUGGACCUAUCCAUUUGUUCCUGCCAUUUUAAAAUCCUUCAUUUUUAUUUGACUUUUUUAAACUAAAACUACUUUUUUUGGCAAGUUAAUUUUCUGCUACUGUUCAAACACCAUCAGUCGGACAGUGAAAUACAGCAGUACUGAUCAUCUGAGCACAGUAAAUAGGCAAAGGAGAAUUUAUUCUUUUUUUUUUUUUAUAAGACUAUAUAUCAACCAAAGACAUAUUGUAAAAUGAAGUAGUACUACAACUGGUACUUGCAUUGAAUUUAAAGUUAGUGGCCAGUAGUUUAGCAACUCUGUUUUUAAGUAUCCACACUGUUUUGUCAAUGCAGUUUAAACAUUAAUCCUCAUACCACUAGAGGGAGCCCACGUACCACCAGUGGUAUGCAAACUGUAUUUUGAGAACCAUUUCAAUGAUCAGCUGGGAUUUAAAGCAUGCACAAAAUGUAUGAACAUUUCUCACACCAGUAAAUGAAGCCCAGUGCGUUAAUCUCAAUGUUACCAUGUUAACUUAAGUUAAAAAAAUUAUUAGAUUUCCCGAUGGCUACGUGGUCUAAACAAGUAUCAGACACGUUUAAAACAUGUAAAAAAGCCCAGCCUGCAUGAGGUCCCUUAGUAGGAAAUUAAACAGUGUUGUAAGAGUAUUGCCAAAUGGCUGAUGGCAGUAGACUUGCAUAUUUCAGUACCGUCGGUAAAAGUUAUGGGUUCUUUUUAGUUGAAUGUAUAUAAAUAAUAAUAAUACAGUUUUAACUUUAAUUCCUCAAAAGCACUUUAACUUCGGUGAUAAACAAAUCUAUGAAGACUGAUUUACACUCUGUCACGUUUUGCCCUCUGUGCAUUCAAUAAUUCAUAAAACCCCGAAAUGUACGAUAAUAGAUAUUAAAAGCACUUUUAACGUAGUUUACAUAAAGAUGUGCAGCGCGGUCGUUAAUAUUUACAUCUUAUAUUGUGUGUUGAAUUGGCUGUGAAGAGGCUGAAAUACCAUGUAUGGAAAAAGAGUGGAGACUAAUGGAUGUCUCUUUAGAGCCAAUCACAACCACAACAUGUAGUGACAUGGUGAUGGCGCACGUGGUUGCAUUGUUUAAAAUUUAUCCUAAGAAAGCUAGGUGUCGUUUUUUUUCUAAUUAAGUUACUUUUCUAUAAAAACAAGUGACAUUACAGUCGUAGCUUCACACUCUCACACAGAUUCCUCUUCUCACUAUUUACCACAUUUUUGAUGAUCUAUCAGUUUAAACAGUGCUUUAAAAAGACUUGACCGGUUUCUCCACUUGCGCAGUCACAGAGGCAUUAAUACUGCACAGUAGCAAUGUCUCUGUCGGAGUAUGUUUGUGGCUGUGGUUCAGCUCACUUUGUUACAGGAAAUUAACAUCAUUUCAAUUUACCUUUAUUUAGGUUUUUCAAAAAAAAUAUUCUGCACAGGCACAGAGACAUUAACCAUCACUAUUCUGAAGAAGCAGCGGGUUUUUUUUUUAGAAAUCCUUAAAAAAGAAAAUCUACAGUAUAUCAUGGGCAGUCUGCUGUCAACAAAAGACAUUGAUGCAACAGUUGAUGCAGUAAUGCUGCAGUUAGAGCACCCUCUGCUGGAGAAAUCUCUAACUGCUCCAAGAAACUGACUAUUUAGACAAUCGGAGUUGUGCUGAAGAUUUAAGAGAUUAGACAUGAGUCUCUGAAUUGUACAUGUGUAUUUUGUACAUGCAUCCUUGGCCUGCAGAAGUCUGUGACAUGUGGUACAUACAUGGUGGAAGUUGAGUCCUUUUACUUUCCUGGUUUUAUUGGUAAUAUUAAAUUGAAAAAAAGAGAAAAGAAAUGAAUAUGAAGCAAAAAGAAAAAAAGGGUUAAACAUUCCUGGUUUUGCAUCCUGACCUGUAGGUGUUGACUUGUUGUUUCAUUCCUCAGUGUGACAGUGAAGUUUGGUGGAUUUCCUUUCCUCCAUAUCAGUGUUGGUGAUGCAUUUGUCGUUAUUUUUGGAGUAAACCAGCAACAGGCCCCUAACAAAUCAGCAUUGAAAAUGAAAACAAAAGCAAUGAAGUUAAUUCUAAAUCAGAACUUCAUCAAAAUGUGCAAUUAUUCCAGACUCAAUUUGGUGAGACAAAAAAAAAAGCCCUUCCCUUUUGCCGAAAUAGCUGGUCUUUUUUCGGAGUCAGAAAUUGAGCAUUUUCUAUGUUUGAUGUGCUUUUAAAAAUCUGCACAUUGUGAAGAGAUAUAUUUUCUACUUAUUUAUUGUUCGGACACAGAUGAUCCAAAUUUCCGUGGGACCCAUUUAGGUUGUAUUGUUAUGACUUAUGUCUUUGUAUGUGUACAAUAUGUGACACACACAGCAUCACCGUGAGAAUUUUACCUCACAUUCCCAACGUAUGUAUAUGACUCAUAUGCUAUAGUUGGCUUGUUUUAAUUGAACAUCAAUAGUGUUGUAUAUGUGGCUUGGACUUGUAAAGUGAUGAUUUUGAAUUCAUUUGAAGAUUUUGUACAGAAAUAAAUGAGUGAGAAUA